UUACAGGAAAACAUUCCCACCACAUAGUCGCUCCACGUGUCUCAGAGCCGUUGCACAAAAACAUCACGAGUGGCCGCUGCAGCCGUGUGUGUAGUACAAAUACAGCACAUGGUAGCGUUUGGUAGCUGCUUUUAGCGACAGACACCACCGGGGCCCCCGAAAAAACUCUCUUGAGCUUGUGUGAAUCCUCCGUUUGCGAGUUACAGUUGCAAAGAGUUUCCUCCGUUGGCCGUAAAGCAAGUCCCACAGCGCUGAAGCCGCCCGUCUCCGUGCACGCCUAGUGAGCGUUACACCGCGAGGUCGAGGACUUUUAAAGACACUCGUCCCACUCCGCCUGCAGCAGCCCCGCAGAAGCUAGCAUGUCGUCCGGCACAAACGAAGUGAAAAGCUGCCCCAUACCCACCAGGGUGCUCACCCUGAAGGACUGGUCCCAGCUACCCGACUGUUACAGCCAGACACCCGGGGGGACCCUCUUCUCCACCACGCCAGGAGGUACCCGCAUCAUUUAUGACAGGAAGUUUCUUUUGGAUUGUCGAACCCCUCUAGCCCGGACCCCCCCAUGCUGUCUGCCCCAGAUCCCCGGGGUGACAGUACCUGCUACACACACUAUGGGGAAACUGCAGGACCUCAAGGAGGAGGCAGAGGAGGAAGAGAAGGACCUUGCGGAUGACAACCAGUUUGAGAUGGACAUCUGAGCUCCAGUAUUACCUCCUGUGGAGAGUUAUCAUUUAAAACACCUCCAGGGUCAUUCAUGACUAAUGCAUUACAUAUAAGCUUUUUUUUUACCUUUUUUAAAAAAAUAAAAGCUUUUGUGAUGAACCAAAACAAAAGAGGAAAAGUGUAGGGUGUUUUUGACCCUACAAAGUGUGUUAAGCAAAGAAAUGCUGUUUAAUGGGCUGAUUAGUGGAUCACUCACUUCAGAGCUGCAGCAGGGUUGAACAAAAUCCAUUUUGAUUUAACUUUUUUUUUAAAUCUUUUGUAAAUAACAUUGUACAAUGUAGCCUAUUUUUUAAGUUGGGGAAUACAGGAUGAUUACAUUAAGACAUGUAGAAUUGUUCACUGCAGGCAUCAGUAGUUUUGUUGUAAAACCCCCCACCCUCCCAAAAAACAGAUGGCUAACUUUCUUUGUGAUAAUAUUGGGGGUCAGGGCCUAAAUCAGUUUCUUCUCUGUUUUUGUAUGGAGCGAGCGAGAGCUGAAAUGUGAAUAAUUUCAAAUAAAGGCUGUUCAAACUGCCA